CCAGUACUUCAAAUUACAAAUUUAACCUUCAAUUUUACAUAAUCCCAAAAAGUGACCCUUUCCUUUUUCCUAAUUUAUCAAACUCGUUUCAAUGCCUCAACAUGCUCUCACCGUUUCUCUGCGAAUCUUUCAAAAAUGGCGAUAGAACUCUUCUCUGAAAAUUCCGGCACCGGUGGCGGUGGCAACAUGACAAUGAGCCCUCGAAUUUCUUUCUCCCAUGAUCUCUCCCAAUCCGACACAGUCCCCGUCGAACAACUUCUCCGAUCAUUCUCCUCCUCCUCCUCCACCGUCGACUUCAAUUUCUGCGUUCAACAAAAUCCCAACAAUCCCCACGCUUCCAUGGCCGACGAGCUUUUCUCCAACGGAAAAAUCAUCCCAACCCAAAUCAAACACCACCCACCACCACCACCACCACCACCACCGUCAUCAUUACCACCACAAUCACCAGCUUCAAACUACAACCCGCUGCCGGCGGUGGAAGAGGAGCAACAUAAUUCAUCGAAAUCGUUUUGGGGAUUUAAGAGAAGUAGUAGUUGUGGCAAUGGAUAUGCUCGGAGUUUAUGCCCGAUUCCAUUGUUAUCUCGGAGCAAUUCCGCCGGAUCAUCCACAAGUACAAAACGAUCAUCGUCUUCAAAAGAAGGUUCUACUCAUAAACACCCUCAUAAUUCUCAGAAACCUCCAUUGAGGAAAACGAGUUAUAGCUAUGGGAACAAUAGUAACUCCAGUAAUGGAGUUCGGGUCAAUCCGGUUCUGAAUUUGGGAUUCGGAUCUUUCUUCUCUAAUGGCAAGAAAAAAUAACCAAAUUCUCAACCAUCCUAAGUUCCCUUUUGAUUGCAAAAAGAUUAUUGGUUUCUUAAAAAUACAUUGGAUUUGUUUAAUUGAAUCUAUAAUAACUCAUAAAAACCAUGGUAUGUUUUUAUUGAUUUUGUUGAAAACUUGGAUGGUUUGAAAUAAUUUGUAAAAAGAAAGUCUUUUUUUUUUCAUGUGGAUUUUAAAGGCUUUGAGCUUUUAGAAGUAAUGAUUGGAUUAGUUGUUAAUUAGUUUUGGAUUAUGUAUAAGUGUAAGGAUUAAAUUAGAGUUAAUUGGAUGAAAAGACAGCACAUUUGAGACCAAAUGAAGGUUCCUUUUUCAUGGAAUUGGAGAGCAUGUUCACAUGCAUUUGGGCUGUUUUCUUGAUUAGAAAAGGCAAGACUUGCUUUCAUGGGGUGGUUGUGUUUAGGUGUCAUUUGGAUGUAUAUGUUCGAAAUUGUGUGAUGUGGAUUGGGUUUUGUUUGAUUUUUUUUUUUUUUUUAAUUUGUGUUUUUUUCUUGAUGACAAUGUAAUCCAGUUUGUGGGGUUAGGGAAUUUUGUUGUAUGGUUUAUUAUUGUUGAUGUGACGGCUUUGAUUGAUAAAAGUUUGGUUUGAUUAUAAUAAGCGUUAUUGAUUUAUUUGAA